CCAAAAAGGGCCAGCCCAAAAUGCAACUACAAUAGGGCUUAUGUAUUGUUUUGAUUGCUUAUUGUUGUAGCAAAAGCACCAAAUCACUAAAGCAGCAAAAGAAUCAUCAAAACACUCUGAGAUGAAAAGUAUAUUUGUUAACACCAACCAUCAGAGAACUCCUUUUUCUGGUGUUGACAAAAAUGGGAGAUAUCACUGUUUUCUACGCUAGUUUGCUUAUAAGUCCCUUUGAAAAUGAAAUAUAUCUAGUUUUAGCACGUGAAAAAUAUUAUUUUCCAUCUGUCUUUUUAGCACACUUCUUAGUAAUCUAAUUCAGUACCAUCACCAUUAUUAUUGCCAUCACCACCAGCAAUAUCUUCAUUAUCAGUGUCACAACAUUCGUUUCUAUCCUCUUUGUAUUUAUUUUUAAAAUUAUUUGCAUUAUUGUAAUAUUAUCGUAACACCAUCAAUACCCAUAAUAUGUCUUCAAAUCACAACAAUUCCUACAGAUCAAACCGCUCAAAGAGAAAUAACUCGAGAAACAAUUCAAAUACAAAAUCAGCUAAUAACAAUAGCAACAAUAAUAAUAACAAUAAUAAUAAUAAUGCUAUUAAUAAUGAGCAGUCUUAUAAGACCAAUAAUGCCACUGCAACCACUUUAACUCCAUCCAAUCCACCUCCAAAAUUACCCUCAAGCUAUGGUUGGGCUGCUGCUGUGGCUAAAUCCAUUAAUAAAUCUGAUAAUAAAAUUAACUUCAAUAGCAAUUCUGUUAAUAAUACUAAUACUAAUACUAAUACUAAUACUAAUACUAAUACUAAUACUAAUACUAAUACUAAUACAAAUACGAAUACUAAUACAAAUACGAAUACAAAUACAAAUACAAAUACAAGUAUUAAUUCCAACACCAAUACCAACACCAAUACAAAAAAUAUUAAUGAUAACUCAAUCUCCAAAUCCCUGAUUUCAAACUCAAACAAUGCCUCUUCUUUAAGCUUAUCAUCUAAUUCCCGUAAAAAUACUAUCAAUUCAAACUCAAAUUUAAAUAUAAAUAAAAUUUCAAACAACAAUUCUAAUAAUUAUAAUACUGCCAUUAAUAAUAGCUCAAAUAUUAAUAAUAAUAAUAAUAAUAAUAAUAAUAAUAAUAAUAAUAAUAAUAAUAAUAAUAAUAAUAAUAAUAAUAAUAAUAAUAAUAAUAAUACUGAUAUCAAUAUUACCAAUAAUUCAUAUGAGAACAAUUCUUCUACUUUCACUAACAGAUAUAAUAAUUUUAAUAAAUACAAUAAUACCAGAAACAAUUCAAAUAACAAUAAUAACAAUAACAAUACUAAUAAAAAACACACUCCAAUAAAUAAUUUCAACUCAAAAGAUGUAGAAUCAUAUUUAAAAGAUUUAUAUCAAUCAUUUUAUCAAAGUGCAAUUAAUUCAGACAAUUCGCCUCAGUCUCCUAGCAUUAAAAUUUACUCUUCAAAAGAUGGUGGUAGCUCAUGGAGCAAUACAAAUAGUUCAAAAAAUCUUAAAAAAAAUAAAAACCUUAAAUUAAACGAUAAUAUAAGAGUACUUAACUCACUUUUCAAGAAUUUAUAAAUCAAAAAAAAAAAUCAAAGAACCAAUUAAAAAAAAAAAUAGG